CACGCAUGGAAAUAAAAGUUGCUUAAAUAGCAUUGUUAAAGGGUACCAAUUCUUAACCAAACCAACCGGCCCUCCAGGUUUGGGGGUUGGGCGCUGGGCUAACAACCCAGCCCCAGAAAAAGAAACAGACCUGUUACAGAAACCGCAACAACAAAUCCAGAAAACAACUUGGCUCCGGAAGAGUCCUCUCCAGUAGAGGCUAUGAUGCGGGCUGGUGAAAGCCUUCGGGAAGCCAGUGCGCAGACAACUCUUCUGACAGCCAAAAGCAAGAACAGAAUAGGGACCUGGAACAUCCGAACCCUAUAUGAGGCAGGGAAAUCUGCACAAGUGAGCAGGGAAAUGCAUCGCCACAACCUCAAGAUGCUAGGGCUGUAUGAAACAUGCUGGAACGGCACUGGACGAACGCGACUGACGGGUGGUGACACUAUCAUCUACUCCAGACAUGAGGAAGGACACCCACACGUUCAUAGAGUAGCCCUGCUUCUGACACCUGAGGCAGAACAGGCACUACUCUCCAGGGAGCCAGCAUCACCGAGGCUCCUGACGGCAAGGUUCAACUCCAAGGGGAGGAAAGUCACCGUCAUCCAGUGCUAUGCACCCACCAACGCAGCAGAGACCGAGGAAAAGGAGGCAUUCUACGAACAGCUCCAGGCAGUGAUGGAUAAGAUGCCAAGAAGAGACCUGAAGAUCCUAAUGGGUGACGUCAACGAAAAAGUGGGGUUAGACAACACCAACAGAGAACUCGUCAUGGGAAAACAUGGAGUUGGCGUCCAGAACGAGAAUGGAGAGCUACUCACUGAGUUCUGCACCUUCAACGACCUGGUCAUUGGAGGCACCGUGUUCCAGCAUAAGCAGAUUCACAAGACGACAUGGACAUCACCGGAUGGGAGGACUGUGAACCAAAUCGAUCACGUCACCAUCGGAAGAAAGUGGAGGAGAAGCUUGCUGGACGUCAGAGUCAAACGAGGAGCAGACGCAGCCUCGGACCAUCACCUGGUGGUGGCAACCUUGAAAGUCAAGCUGAAAGUCUACAGAGACCGAGCAGACAGGCCAUCCUACAAAUACAACGUACACAACUUGAAAGACAAAACAAAGGCUGAGAUCUACCAAUGUGAACUGAGAAACCGGUUCAGCGCACUCGCCCACCAACCAGAAGAAUCAGUAGAGGAGACAUGGCAUGGCCUGAGGGACACCUGGAAGGCCACAUGUAACGAGGUCCUGGGGAAGAAAACUAGACAACGCAAAGAGUGGCUGUCAGCCAAUACAUGGACCCUCAUCAAGGAGAGGAAACAGCUGAAGAACGACAUCAAGCAGACCCAAGACCUGCAACGGAAGCAAGAUCUACAGGCCCAGUACUGGGAGUUGAACCGACAGGUCAAGAAAAGAACCAGAGCGGACAAGAGGAGCUUCAUACACGAUCUCACAGAAGAAGCAGAAACAGCAGCUGGCAAAAGAGACAUGAAGAGGCUGUAUGAGAUCACAAGAACACUGUCAGGGAAGAAUAAGGCCCCCUCAAGACCAGUGAAAGACAAGAACGGCGAGACCAUCACAGAUGAAGCCAAAGAGAGAGCAACAUGGUCAGAACACUUCCAAGAGAUUCUCAACAGACACCCACCUCAAGUCCCACCUGACAUCCCACCAGCAGCAAACCAGCUAAAGGUGAACAUCAAUCCACCAACCAAGGCCGAGGUCAGCAAAGCCAUCAAGUCCUUGAAGUCAGGCAAGGCAGCAGGCCCAGACGGCAUUCCACCAGAAGCACUAAAGGCGGACGUCCAGACCUCCACAGAGAUGCUC